UUCCGGCCCGGCGUGCCCAAGCCGUCGGGAGAGUACUCGCGCGUGCUGGUCGUGCCGCGCAUGGCCAAGGAGGACGUCUCGUGGAUCGAGAAGGAACUGCCAGAGCUGGAGACGGCCAUCUACGUAAUGGAUGACCCGUCGGCACCGCUGCACCCGCCCGCCAACAAGGGCCGCGAGUCCAUGGCCUACCUGACGUACAUCAUCGACCACUACGACUCGUUGCCGGACGUGGUGCUGUUCUUCCACGCGCACCGGAUCGGCUGGCACAAUCUGCUGAUCAUGGGACAAGAUACGGCCGAAAUGCUGAAGAGACUGCGCAGCGAACGUGUAUGGCGCGUAGGCUAUUUCCCCGCGCGGUGCGACCACAAGCCCGGCUGCCCGGACUGGCUGCACCUGGACCGGCCCGAAGUCGACUUCGACGAACAUUUGCGCAUGGAGGAGAAACACUACACACCGGAGAUCUGGCGGCAGCUGCACCCGCCUGGCCUGGGCGGCAUGGGCGAGGCGCACCGCGUGCCGGGCGUGCUGUCGGCGCCGUGCUGCGCGCAGUUCGGCGUCUCGAGCGAGCGCAUCCGCGCCAAUCCCAAGGAGCUGUACGAGCACUACCGCAACUGGCUCAUCGAAACCGACCUCGACGAUCAGUACGCCGGCCGCGUCAUGGAGUACACCUGGCACUACAUCUUCACGCGCGCGUACCAGUUCUGCCCCUCAGAGCACACGUGCUACUGCGACGGUUACGGCAUCUGCUUCGGCUCCGCGAAGGCCUUCGAUGUCUACAAGCACAAGGAGGAGCGCAAGUGGGACAUCUGGGACCGUCUGGGCAAUGCCGAAAAGCUGCAGAUCUCACCAGAGGAGUUGAAUGCCCUGCGCGAGGAGCUGAAGCACCUCGAUACCCAGAUGUCGGUGCUGCGUGACGACGCUAUUGCCCGUGGAGAAAGCGAAGAUGCUCGCCGAGCCGAGCGCGAG